UGCACGUGGUACGAUCAGCCAUAACGGGGCUGCUGCCUGGCGACAGGAGCUAGAGCACUGCAUGCAUACUCCUCGGUGCCUGUGAGCGUGUGCGGACCCCAACGCGUGUAUCGCAUGCACCACCGCCCACCCCGAGUGCGCUGAUGAGGUGUUGUGUCGUGCUGGCCGCAAAUCGAAAUCGGUUCGAAUUAGAUUCACGCUGGUGCGGCAGCCGCAAGACGCGCGGAGAGGACGACGGCAUCAGCAGUAGACAGGAAUUUUCGGCUGCGAUGAUCAGACUCGAUGAUUCGCGUGAACACUUCGUCCGUGCAUCAUGUUCCGCGGGGCGGCAGUAGCAUGCGAACGACAGCAUGAGACGGGAGCAUGAGCUAUCACUGCGCGCUCGUGCCAUUGCCAAUAUAACAGCGUAGAUCUGAAUAUGUGUGCGGCUACAAUACGCUGACGUACGUUCACAGGUACACACACACACGCGUGCGCGCGCGCGCUCAUAUUGUAUGCAUAGUGACUGUAUUGAGCCGGGUACUUGCCACCAGACAGGAGCUAUAUCGCACAGGAUUUAAGAGCGUUUAACGAAGGCAUCUCGUCGAACUACACAGACUUGGGGAGAUCACCUAUAAGAUUGCAUGACGUUUGCAAACCGCAUGUUUACUUCUGCAAUGGCAGAGAUGACAUCUAGCUACAGGGGAUAUGAGAUUGCCAUUUUCGUUUUGGUACCUCUCCUAGUCCUGGUUCUGUGUGCUGUGGUAGUCUACGUUCUUUGCUCGAGGAAGUACAAGUUAAAUUGGUACGACAAAACCAUGCUGGAAGCGGGGCCCGGACAGGAUCCUGAAGAUGAAAAGAGGGUAUUUAUCAAACGAAAGGUGUUUACAAAUAAGUUGGGCAGUGUCAACAGCAGCUGUGAGGUCAAUGAUCAGUUUUGGGUUCCGACUAAACAGCUCAGCUAUACCGACCGCAGUGACUUUGGCGAAAGUGAAGACGAUCACUCCCAGCCUAUCACGCCUAACACGCCGCUAGGCAUCAAGGUCCCAUCAUUUCACCUGGCGGCUGAGAGGCUGUCGCAGAGGACCGUACAACCCCCAUCAUCCCCGGGAGCGAGCAGUGGCGAAUCGAGUCCAAGAUUGUCUAGGGGAAGGUUCGCGUCCAUGCACGCGAAGCUGGACCACACUAAGAUAAACAGAGAUAUGUACAAAAAGGGUGUGCUUACGAAGACAACAGACUCACAGGGAAGCAUCCCCGAAGAGAUACUUGGGUCCAUGCACAUGACUCUGUCCUUCAACAGGGAGAUUUCUUUGCUCACGGUUCAUUUCCUACAGAUUCAGAACUUAUCGGCCAAAGACAUAACACGUGCACCCAACCCGUACUGUAAGCUAACCAUAGGACCGGAGCGCAGACAGCAAGUACAGAGCAAAACGCAACAGAGGACAUUUAACCCCGAGUUCAACGAAGAAUUCCUGUUAGAGGUGAGCGAUAUAGAGUCUAGUCUGCUUGAGGUAGAGGUUUUCGACUUUGACCCGUGCUGCAAACACGAUUGCUUUGGAGUGGUGACGGUGCCUCUGCGUGACCUCAACCUAUGCGAGCCACUUACCGUUUCAACAGGAAUUACGGCACCUAUUGACACAGCACCAAAUAAUUGUAGUCUAGGAGAACUACAAUUCUCGAUCAGUUACCUGACGAGCGCUGAGAGACUGACACUGGUUAUCAUGCGAACCCGGUAUAUGAAGAUAGAUGGCAAAUCGUCAGACCUGUACGUAAAGGUGUCACUGCUACGUGGCGGCAAACGUUUAAAGAAAAAGAAAACGUCAACAAAGAGAAACACGCCGAAUCCCGCCUUUCAUGAAGCUCUGGUUUUUUCCGUUUCAAAGGAACUUCUCUCAAACCUUACAAUUGAACUGAUGGUUAUCAACGAGAACUUGCUGGGGAACAAUGAGGUGAUGGGUCGCAUCAUCCUCUCAUCCGAAAGCAAAGGCUUAGAGCUUGAGCACUGGCUGGAUGUUGUAAACAUCCGCAACGCCACGGGUCGCUGGCACUCCCUCGUUUGAUUGAUUGCCAGGGCAACAUAUAUCGACGUCGCUAGCCGAUAAACCUGACUGGAUUCAUGCGUGACACAAUUACUGUUGCCGUAUCUUCCCGGUAGAAGAUACCCGACACGCGCUUAACUUAUGGCUAUUUGUGUACAUUCUGAUGAACAUCAGAGUCAGAGUCUCAUUUCUGUCUAUGUCAACAUGAAAUAAAUUAUUAUUAGCCACGAGAUUCGUGGCGAUGGUUUAGAUUCUAACGUGGGUAGCUCCAAUAAGUCCAGAUUUCUGAGUUGAUAAAUUUUAAUUUCCCGGUGAUAAAUGCACAUGCAUAGUAAUAAAAGUACCAAGAGAGUCCUGAUGGGGUACCCCAAAUCUUAUUGCGUAGUAAAUAUUUGGAUCUUUCCCAAUUAUCCGUAAAUAUUUAUCGUUCUCAUUAUAAUCUAUUGAUGAUAAUCAUGAUGAUAUAAGCAUUAAUCAUAUCAUCAUAAUCAUUAAUCAUAUCAUCAUUGAUGAUAUAAUCUUACUGAAAAAAAAUCAAUAGGCUUAAUAUAAGAAUGCUGGUGACAAUCGAGGCAAAACAAAAUUCGCGGUAAAGAAUUAGACGUUUUCACACAAAUGCUAAUGUCUAGAAGAGAAUCAUGAGUCAAGCCAAAUAGAGAAUCAUGACUAGCGGUAAGAAAUUCUAGCUUUUCACUAUAAUAUGAAAAUGUAUAGCCAUGUUACGCCACGUGCCAUACACCCUAUACACCCUAUCAUGCAGCACCCUCCACCAUGCAAAUUUGGCACACAUCUAAUACCUUUCGCGGAGCACUUCUACUUAGCAUGUUUGGGCGGGGCUAGAUGCCCCACUAUAGUUUCGUGGCAUUAGAGUUUGAUUUUAGUAAAAAUUAAUUUUAUUAGAUAAUUAGUUUAUUUGGAUUUAUACAAAAUUGGGCGCCAUUGAAUUUUGAAAUGCAUUUUUGAAUAUAUCUCUCAUUUCGAGUAACAUAUUUUUGUGGAUUCGGUUGCGAGGCUAUAGUUUUGGAACACGUGAUCUUAUAUUAUUACAUAUAUUAGGCCUACAUAGUACAUAUAAGUGGAGAUAUAUUCAAAGAAAUGUAUUUACAAAUUUCCUGGCACAUGUUUUUCUAUGUGCAAAUGAGGUAAUUAACUAACCAUCUUAAAUUUAACUUGAAACAGUUAAGUAUGUCACAAAACGGUAUUAUAGCAUUCAAAAUGUUAGUUGGAAAUGGAGAAAUGCACAAAGAAAUGUAUUUUUAAACCCUAGUGCGGCCAUCCUAUAAUGAAAAUGUUUUACCACUCCCUUUAACAGGAAAUUUCACUCCGGUCCACUUUUCAUUUUACUUAACGACUCUCAAAGUACCUGUAUGUGGGUGCUAUAAAGCUUCACUAGAGGACUCGACGAGCAUAAUAUAUCUGUUCAUUCGAGUAAUGUCUGGUGGGUUUAUGGUAAGACAAGUUACAGGCGAAGAAAAUAGAGCGAUGUUUACCGUCGCCAUAAUUUUAUCAAUAACUAGGCCCUACCAGUGAUUGCUCCAUUCAAAAGCACCGAUAUCUAUUUUGUGGUUAAAAACGCACAUGUCAAUAAUUAAACAAUUACAUGUAAUCCAAUGCUAAUAUCAGACAAAAGGGUGUUGUUCUCGGUGGCUUCAAGUAUGUCGCAUUCUGGCGUCCUUUGUUUGUACGUGAGUAGAGUGCAUGUUUAUUAUGUAUAUCUCCCUUUACUCAAAAAUAGUAAAUAAACAGAUGAAUAGAUUCUGUUCUAUUUUCAAGCCAUGGUUGAUUUAUAACACACUGUAUGGGGAAAGAUAUGAAAUGUAAACUGUGUACAUUUUUACAUCAACUGACUGCUCAUUAUGAUGUUUCUUGAAUGCCAAAUCGCUAUUUAGGUAACAUAUCCCACCAUCUACCAAAAAACACAGCACAAUGGAUACAUGUAAUAUUAUCGGAUACAGUGUAUGAUUGUCGUACUGCAAUUUUAGGUAAUAAUUCCUUUGUCAUAGAACUUAUAU